AGGCAGGGCCCUUUCAAGAUUUCAGGCAACAUCACAGGACAGUAAUUACCCUAACACACUAGGUCAAGACCAUGAUACAAGAAGGGGAUUAAAUGUUUGUCAAAUACGAGCAAAACUGGCUGUUCACUCACACACGCUUAGACGCGUGACGUCUAAUUCAUGCAGGCACGGGAGGACGCAAGAGAGGAGGACUGGAUAAAUAAAAAACCUGGUUGAUUAGACCAACUGGACACGUCUUGUUUCAUUUGCCUACAACAGUCAGCUUGGAACACAGCAGUAUGGCCGGAAUUUGCAGCAGUGUGACGUCUGGAACGGGAGAAAUCAUUCAGCUUAAUGUCGGUGGGACCAGGUUCAGCACCUCCAGACAGACUCUGAUGUGGAUUCCAGAUUCUUUUUUCUCAAGUUUGCUAAGCGGGAGAAUAUCCACCUUAAAGGAUGAGACGGGAGCCAUCUUCAUUGACAGAGACCCCACGGCGUUUGCACCCAUUUUGAAUUUUCUUCGAACUAAAGAAUUAGACUUAAGAGGGGUGAGCAUAAACAUCCUUCGCCACGAGGCUGAGUUUUACGGCAUCACUCCGUUAGUGCGGCGUCUGUUGUUGUGUGAGGAGCUGGACAGAUCGUCCUGUGGGAGUGUACUCUUUCAUGGCUAUCUCCCACCGCCUGCAAUCCCAGCUCGUAAAACCGCGGGGGCGGCGGCUGCUGCUACCCUGGGCCCAGAGGACGGUCCAGGCCCCGGUGGGGCAGAGGGCGGUUUUCCCCGACCCGGCCCUCACUCCGCUCUCCCUGGCCCGCACACGGGAGAUGGACCCAACAAGAUCGCAGGAUCCCCCGUUGACCCGCGGAAGGUGCUGAUUGUAGCUGGUCACCAUAACUGGAUCGUCGCCGCAUAUGCACAUUUUGUCAUUUGUUACAGGAUUAAGGAGUCGUCUGGAUGGCAACAGGUGUUCUCCAGUCCGUAUCUGGACUGGACCAUCGAGAGAGUUGCUCUGAACGCCAAGGUUGUGGGCGGUCCCCAUGGAGACAAGGACAAGAUGGUGGCCGCAGCUUCAGAGAGCAGCAUCAUUCUGUGGAGCAUCCAGGAUGGGGGCAGUGGGAAUGAGAUAGGUGUGUUCAGUCUUGGCGUUCCUGUUGAUUCCCUGUUUUUCAUCGGGAGUCAGUUGGUGGCCACCAGUCACACAGGAAAGGUGGGAGUGUGGAAUGCUGUCACCCAGCACUGGCAGGUGCAGGACGUGGUGCCCAUUACGAGCUGUGACACGGCAGGUUCCUUCCUGUUACUGGGCUGUAACAACGGCUCCAUAUAUUACAUUGACAUGCAGAAGUUCCCUCUGAGGAUGAAGGACAACGACCUGCUGGUGACAGAACUUUAUCAUGACCCCUCAAACGACGCCAUCACCGCCCUCAGUGUCUACCUCACACCCAAAACCAGUGUGAGUGGAAACUGGAUCGAGAUUGCGUACGGCACUAGCUCGGGGGCGGUCCGCGUCAUCGUCCAGCACCCGGAGACGGUGGGAUCUGGACCGCAGCUUUUCCAGACCUUUACCGUCCACCGCAGCCCUGUCACCAAAAUCAUGCUCUCAGAGCGGCACCUGGUCUCAGUGUGUGCAGAUAACAACCACGUGCGUACGUGGACGGUGACGCGAUUCAGAGGAAUGAUCUCCACCCAGCCUGGCUCCACCCCUCUCGCCUCCUUCAAAAUCCUCUCUCUGGAGGAGACAGAGAGUCACAACAGCUACUCCGCCGGGAACGAUAUCGGUCCGUUCGGGGAAAGAGAUGAUCAGCAGGUCUUCAUUCAGAAAGUUAUUCCCAUAACCAACAAACUCUUCGUUCGCCUCUCCUCUACUGGAAAAAGGAUCUGUGAGGUCCAGGCGGUGGACGGUACCACCAUCACGUGUUUCACCGUGCGGGAGUGCGAGGGCUCCAGCCGCAUGGGCUCACGGCCGCGUCGCUACCUCUUCACCGGCCACGGCAACGGCAGCAUCCAGAUGUGGGACCUGACCACUGCCAUGGACAUGGUGAACAAGAGCGACGACAAAGCCCGGCGGGAAACCGAGGUGGGCGGGCCCACGGAGGAGGAGCUUCUGAAGCUGCUCGACCAAUGUGAUUUGAGCACGUCUCGCUGUGCCACGCCCAACAUCAGUCCAGCUCCUUCUGUGCUGCAGCACGGUCGUCUGAGGGAGUCCUCUUCCAGUCUCCAGCUGCAGGGCCAGGAGGCUAUACCAGAGACGGCCACCUACGGGGCUGUGCGGCCUUACAGAGAGAGCCCCCUGCUGGCCAGAGCGCGCCGCACGGAGAGUUUUCACAGCUACCGCGACUUCCACAGUUUCAGCCUGUCCAAAGGUUUCCUGGGAGAGACACAGGAGGAGGCCCGGGUUUCAGGGAGCGAGAACAGCAGUGAGGAGGGGGAGAAGAGGAGCUCCUUUACGCUCCCUGACGGCCAGCCGGAAUCACCACGGCAACCCCCAGACAGCCCCGGAGAGCUCCGGAAGAAAGCGUUUCAGGCGGAGGAGGAAGGGACAGACUGCAGGUUGGAGGGAAGGAGAAGGGGGCCUUUUGAAGGAGCGAUCAUGGGGAGGAAGAGAGCUCCACCUGUACCCCAGCUGGCCUCCCUCCCCUCCCGCUCUGACACGGGGGGGAGUGACUCCUCCAGCACGGCGUCACCAUCUCCAACCAAACUCUCCACCUCCCCCAGACACCGCAAGGGCACUGAGCCCACGUCCUCAGAGAACAGCCUGUAAAACGCACUCAAUCACACACACACA